AAAUUAUUAAUUUUAUAAUAUUCAUUGAUUUUGUAAAGUUAUUAGCUUUAUACUAUUUAUUAGAAAAUAUCAAACAAAUAAAGUAAAGUAAUAAGUUUAUAUAUAUAUAUACAACAUAGGCAUCCUUUUGCUUAUAUAAAGCCAUUAAAUAGUUAAAAGAUAUAAUCAAUGAUUGCAGCUACUUAGAUAUAAAUUUUACAAAGUCUUUUUUAGCACGCACUCUAAUUUAUUCCAGAGUAGAGUGAUCCUGUUGAUUUUUUUGAAAUGUAUUUCGAUGAGACAUAAAUAAAAAAAGCUAAUGGUGAUAUUUACAGUGGUUUAAAACCAAAUGGCUUGAAUCUUCAAAAUUAAUAAGAAACUAUGGAUCAAUAAGUUUAAUUUAAUCAGUAUUCAGUUCUUGGGAAGACAUAGAUGAGUAAUAGUAAGUCUGUUUAACAAUUUGGGACAAAUGAUUAAAAUCAGUUAACUUAAGGAAAUGUAAGAAACAAAAAUGAUUUAAGUAGCUAGUAGUAAUAAUAGCAUAACAAUGGUUACAUCAAAAAAAUAUCAAUGAAAAAACCAAUUGGAUCUAUUUCUUCAUAAAAUUUUAACAUAAAUUAAAUAGACAAAGAAGGGAGAUAACCUUAGAAAACAAAAUUAUCACCAAUAAGAUAGGCUAAAAUAUAAGUAAUGAAAGUUAAUAAUAAAAAUGAUCCAUUUAAUCAACACAAAGAUGGAUUCUUUCAUCCACCUAAUACUGCUCAAUCCACACAAACAGGUGCAUUUUAAAGACUUAAUAGUAAUUUGAAUACUAGCUAAAAUAAUACUCACUAUAAUCAAAUAAGCAAUUCUUUUUCUAAUAAAAACUUAAGAAGCAAUUCUAAUGCUAACUAGCACGAAUAUAAUAAUAUUAAUGGAGGCCAUAGCAAUUAUUAAUAAAAUAAGAAUUUAGUUUAAUAUAAUGCUUAUAAUUUAGAUAGCUCAAAUAAUCACAAUACUGAGAACUAAGGGCAUAACAGUUACUAAUAUUCAGUAUAUGAUCCAGGUUUUAAGUACAACCCUAAUCCUUAUGCAGCAGGUUGGGCAAAUGCGAUUUUAAAAGAGCACUACAAAGUUGCACUAAGACGCAUUGAUGAGAAAAAUGGAAGAAAAAGAUGGAUAAUUAGGAAAAUAAAAAUGCAAAAGGAUGGAUUAGAUCAUCAAUCUAGUGUAAUUAAUGCUCAAGAAGGUAAAGGAGGAAGAGUUGCAGCUGGUUAGCAGCAUGGAUUUAUCAAGCCUGAAAACAAGCUAAAAAAACAACUUAAGAAAAAUGAAGAUAUAGAGGGAGUUAAUGACUUAUUUACAAAUGCUUUUGUAUAGAAAUAGAGGUCAUUAAUCAGCCAAUAGCAUGCUGAACUUUUAGAUUUUUCAGAAUUAAUGGAAACACUUUCUUUAGAUAGAGAGUAUAUUGCCUAUAAUAUUCUUAAUCAACCAAUUAAUGAGAAGCUAAAAAAUAUAAAUGAGGAAGAAUUCGAAGAAAAUCUACAACCAUACUAUGAAUAUGUUUGCUAAAAUUUCGUUCUUUUCCCAAUUUAUCAUAUUGAUUUUAAAUCAAGCCUAGAAAAAAUUAUUUUCCUAAAUAAACUUUUAGUGGGAAAUCUUUGA